UCCUCCCCUUUCCUAAACUUUUCAUCCACACGCAUAUAUUUCACAGGCACUCCCUCCUUCUCCCUCGCCGGAGUUUCAGUGGUCCUUAUUUUCUUCUGCUUUUCUGACACCCUUUUACGGCUUACUCCUGCCAUUCCAACACUCGGUUCCUAUUUCAAUUUUUACCGAUUUCAAGCAAACUUCUUUAGUUUUUGCAGUCCAAGGAUUUUGACUCUUAGCUAAAGUUUUCAACUUUCCGGUGCAAAAACUGACAGGUUUCAGCUAAAGUGUUUCGUUUUUUCAUAAAGAAAAGUAGGAACUGAUUCUUUUGUUCUGGGAAAAUAGGAGCACUGACUUUUGGGUACAAGUUUUGUUGAAAAAAAAUAAAAACUGAACUCAAAGUCAUAUUUUUUUGGCUUUUACUUAAAACUUUUGUUGAAAUUGGGUGUUUCUCUAAGGGGGUUUUGAAGAUUUCGACUUGCAAGGUAGAGAUUUUAUUCUGAUUCUCACAGCAAUACAGACCAUGUGUUUUUGGUAAGUUUCCAAUCACAGAACUGAUAAAUGUUUCCUUGCUUCCUUCUGAUUUUUCAGUUCUUCCUUGUUCAAGACUUCUACUCACUCUUAUAUUAUAUAUAAAAAAGGGAAACUUGGUGGAAUGAAAAGAUCACAUCUGCAAAUUUGAUAAAUUUAUGGUUCAUUCAUGCAUGCUUUUGCUACCUUAAGCAUAAUCUGGGCCCACGAAAGAUCUUUUGUUAUUUACCAUCUGGAUCUUUCUCGGUCAAAUUGUGAUGAUGAAUCCAGAAGAAAUCAUCAUGAUUUGGGUUUCAUUCAAAGUGUAGUUCACUAAACUUGUUGCCUUCUUCACCAUGCAGUUCUGCUUGAUUUUUGUUCCUUCUUGUUAUGGUUAAUCAAAUUAUGGAUUGAUUUAUAAUUAGAUGGUUGGUAAGGUUUGUGGUUCCGAUGUAGUGCCGGUGCAUAGACUUAUAAUUCCAUGCUUUCUUUAUUAUAUGUGUUGUUGUCGAUUCUUAAGUUGUUAAUUGUGUUUUUAGUUGUUGAUUCACGCAACUGUUGUCUGUUUGUAAGCUUACAGGGUUUAAUUGUAGUAAUAUCAUUUUUAAUUGAAAGGUUCCAGUUAUGUUAAUGGAUGAUUGUUUAUAAUAUUAUGUCUUCUGGGGUCGAACAGAGGGUUUUCGGCUGACCAAAAGGAACAUGUGUUAUUUUGGUUAUGAUAUGGACAAGGCACACUGUCGUCUAUGGUUUAUACAAAAUGUUAGAAUAUUAAGGUGUAAUUUAAUAAUGAAGUUCUAAUUAUAUUGAUGGAUGAUUGUUUAAUAUUAUGUCUUCCAGUGUCGAACGGAGGGUUAAUAUGUACUGACAGGAGAAGUUUUUGUUUUGGGGUUAUAUGAAAUGGACAAGGCAUGCUGUCAUCUAUUAUAUAAAUUGGUAGUAAUUUAAUGUGUACUGAGAAGGGGAUGAUGCUUCUUCGAUAAAAAGAUGGUCAAGUGUAAUAUUUAUACAUCUUUUUUGCUGUAACCACACGGGCGGUUUCAUGCUUCUUGUAUAUUGUUGGAUUCUUCAUGUCAAUGUGCAGUAGUCAUGUGACCUUGGUGAAGUGACCCACUUCAUUGGUAAGGGAACAGCCAUCCCCCAGAACAAGGCUAGUUGCUUUACACUCCCCUGGAUAUGAUUUUGAGCAUUUUGUUUGACCCCUGAAUGUUGGGGU